CCUACUCUCAUUGGGAAUGGUCUAACUACUCAGCACGGCGGCAGGUUUUUUAGGACUGGAUUAUUGGAUAUAUUUAGCAGAUACCUUUUUAACAGCUCUGAAAAGAAUUUCUUGCUGCAUCAGAGAUUUAAAUUUACAUUCAUGAAGGCUUACAGGGAAAGGGAAGGAAGGAAACGGAUGUUUGGUUGAGGUCCAAAACCUACACACACAGGACUGAAUGUCCCUUCGCCACUGAGGGAAACCUGUACUGUCUUGCUCUCAGGAUGUCUAGAAUGGUGUUGCUGUAGUGGAGAGGACCACCACCUUAGCAUCUGCAGAAAGUGACCCGGCCAGUUAAACACCAUGCCUCGCUUAAGUGUCAGUCCCAGUUCAAAGCCUAACUGUAGCCCUGUCUGGCUCAUCUCUGUUCUCCUGGGCCUCUUGGCUAUACACACUAAUGCCAAAGAUGUCCUUACUGUACCCCAGCAGGUGAGCCUGUCAGCCAACAUGUAUACACAGCAUCUAACCAUAUCCUGGCUGGGGGGAGCAGCCACAACCUUUGACCUCAUGAUUCUAAGAACUGAACUCAAUGAGACUGUCUUCUAUGAGACGGUGUCUGUGACGAUGAAUCAGGUGAGUGGUCGGCACCAGUGGAACUGGACCUCAGUUGAACCUCUUCAGUGUACCUCGCUGUCGAUCAAAAUCCGCUCACGAGAUGGACAGACAACAAGUGAAUGGAGCAACACUCAGAUACUUCAAGGAAGCGAUCUCCCGAGCAAUGAGGAAUUGCAGAUGUACCCCCAGGACAGAAUUGUACCUGUGGGGGCCAACACCACCUUCUGUUGCAUUGUGGAAGAAGGGAAGCUAUUUGGUACCAUCCGCUACGGCAACACAGUCAUGAACACAACACGGCUAAGUAGGCGAAGUUUUGCCGCUACAGUGGUUAAUCAGGAACUGUCCGGCAAGACGGGAACCAACGUCGUCUGUUUUGACAACCCGAAGACAAAGCUGACUGGAGCAGUGGUGUUUGUUGGAUAUCCACCACUGCCCACUGAUUUUGUGUGCGAGACUCGUGACUUAACCUCAGCUGUGUGCCAGUGGAACGAAAAACGAGACACAAACUUAUAUAGAAAACGAGGAACACGCUACUCGCUGAACAAGAGGAACUGUACCUUCAGCAGCCCAGAGGAGAAGCAGAAAGAGUGUAGCGUGGCCCAGUGGGAGGGUAACUUUACACUGGUAGCUGUAAACCCUCUCGGCCAGUACAGCCUCACUGACUCUGCUGAGAUCAAUCACAGAGUGCACCCAGUUGCACCAGUAAACCUAACCUUUGUUGUCCAUGCCUGGAAUGCCUCUGUGUUGUGGCAAUGGGAGUACAACAGCUAUUCCUCUCUGGCUCUUGACUGCCAGGUAGAGCUUGCCUCCCAAGGGUACAAAACAAAGCGUACCUUCUCUGGUGUGGGUCUGCGGUCGGUGGUUCUAUCAGACCUGUAUCCUGAUGAGGAUUACAGUGUUCAAGUCUGCUGCGGUGCCCAGCAGAAUUUCUGGAAGUGGGGAAGCUGGAGCAAAUCAUUUUCCUUUAAAACCAACAAUUAUGUUCCAGAUGCUCCUGAUGUGUGGAUGUGGAUGAACAAAGACUACACUGGGCAGGUCAUUUGGAAGCCUCUGACACAAAGACAGAGCCAUGGUCUGAUCACAGGUUAUGAAGUUACUCUCUGGAGCCCUGAAGUAAAUUUCCAGCACACAGAAUUUUUUUCACCGGAUACUUAUGCUGUACCAGUCAACCUCACACAGAUCGCUACCCGCAGCAGUGACAACAAGGUCAUGGCAACCGUCAUUGCAAAGAAUGCUGCUGGGGUGUCUCAACCUGCAAGUGUACUUAUACCUUUACGUCUGACAGAUGUGGAACCCCUUACUGUGUCCAGGGCAGUUUAUACCGACAGAGGUUUCCCUCUGUUCUGGCAGCACAAUGCCAACGACACCUGUGCUUAUGUGGUAGAAUGGUAUGAAGCUUCCUGCAAGUGGGACUGCCCUGUGGAGUGGAUCAAGUUGGCUGCUGGAAACACUAAUGUCACCAUUAAGUCAGCCAACUUCCAGCCAGGUGUGAGGUACAACAUUUCCCUGUACAGUAACUCCUCAGAGGCCCCAGAGCUGCUGCAGCAUUGGCAGGGAUACAUGCAGGAGCUGGUCCCUUCCAGUUCUGUCCUCCUGUCAACCACUCAGCAGGACUCUGAUAUUCUCCUUACCUGGAGAGAGAUCCCGCUGGUCAACAGAAGAGGCUUCCUCCUGGGCUACAACAUUUACAUCAGUGGUGGCUCCCAGCUCACACUUCUAGCCAAUCUGUCAGAUCUAGAAAGCAGGAGCUAUACAGUAAAAGGUCUCUCUCAAGGCCUCUAUAACUUUACUGUCAAGGCCUACACCUCAGCAGGCGAGGACAAAGGCACCACUGCCUCCAUAACGCUGGAGCCAUACACGGAUUGGCUGAUCCUGGAAAUCUUGGUUUCCCUGGGAAUCACAGCCUUACUCCUGGCCGUUGUCACCGUCAUUUGCUACAAGAAAAGAAAAUGGGUGAAAAAGGUGUUCUAUCCAGACAUACCUGAGCCCAAGCUGUCUGGUGAUUGGUCCAGGUCACAGGGGCCGUUGGAUGUGAAGCCAUCUCCCCACAGUUUGGUCCAUAUGGUACAAAAGCCUGAGUGGGAUUCUAGUAAAGAAGUGCUCGUCGUCAUUCCUGAAGAAGACGAGGAUGAAGAAGGGCUGGGGAUAGGAGACGAGCCAGUUGACACAGAUGAGCCAACGUCAUUACGCUACUACAACCAAGUGGUAGAUGAGCGGCCCAUAAGACCGCGUUUCCCAGACUCCUCUGAUUCGUCUGCAUCUUCUUUGGAUUCAGCAUGCACUGAUGUGACGUACACCGGGAUCCAGACCUCAGGGUCUUCUUUGGUCUUCCAGCUGGAUCCACAGGGCUCUUCUGAGGGCCACCAAUCCCAGGCUGAUCUGUCUGUCUGUGGAGGUGGAGGAGGAGGAGGAGGAGGAGGAGGAGGUUACCGGCCCCAGAUGCAAUCUAGAGCCCCAAGUGAUGACAUAGGCCUAGCAUCACCCGAGCCUUUCCUAGAGCCCCAGGCUGCCAGUGCUGGGGGCUACAAACCCCAGAGCUCCUGGCAUUUUGACUCCCCCGUAGAGGCUGGGGAAAGUGGGCGCCUGGCACCGUCUCUUGGAUCCCCCACCUCAGUUGCUUCCACUCAGUUCCUCCUCCCUGAUGAAGAGGAAUAUGCAGAAGAGAAACGACAGCCGUCAUCAUCGGCAGCAACCUGGUUCACCAACCUGCUGUCAUCUACAAAACCAUGAUAUCAUCUCUCUCUCUCUCUCACUACUAGCAGCCAGGCCAGGGGGGGUUAACAUAAAACUUUCAGAUUCAUUACUGUGGCAUGAAUCAAACAAGCCUAACCCAUAUGGUCUAGGUAAAUAUCCCCUCUGAUGUAGCACUACAUUCUUACAGCUGUACUUUAACAAUAAUGCUAUUUAAGGUGUUAUGAUGUAGUUAAUUGCAUUGCAAUGCAAAUAUAAAUCAAAAUCGGUAUAUUUAUAUAUCAAAACAGUUCUAUUCUGACAACAAAGAUUUCUUUAUACCUCUUUUCAACCAUAUGUAUGGCACCCCCUGGCAACCUGGUGGCUGUUACGUCCCCUCACUGUCUUUUCCGUGACAAACUAUAAUGGGCAUUUAGCAAUGGUGUAUUCUGUGUUUCAGUUGAUUAUCCAGUUUUUAGCUUGCAUUUCAGAUGUUUUUCUUUCUUGUGAUGUGAAAUUUACUUCACUACAGAAGAAAACUGAAAGCAAGAAAGUUUUAAACCAAAUGAUGGAACAAUAACAGUAAAGGACAUUUUUGGAAGAACACUACAAAAGAACAGUUUCAAUAGAAGGUAGCAAAGUAGACAGAAAACCUCUGUUUACAGUAUCCAUGUCUUCUGCUGGUCUGCCAUUGGGAUAUUCUUGCCUGUUUCAUGACAGCUUAUGAGCUACUGAAAGGAAAAGAGGCCUUUGGCUGUAAAUAAAAAUGAUACAAUUUUAAAGGUAUGUAAAGAUGGCACUCUCCUGGAUCAAUACUAAGGUAGCUCCUAUCAUUACAGACGUGAUCUAUUUUUCCCAAAUUACUUUCUAAACAGUGAGAUGUUGGAUGAAAGAUGCAUUUGUGAAUGAGAAGAAUCAUUAUUUUCCACAGGUACAGGAGUGGUGCUGUCUGGUAUGGUCUGGAAUUGUGUGGGUGAUGAGCCCCUAGAUAUAUACACUGAUAUAAGCUAGAACAUGAAUACGAAAUAUGAGUUUUUUUGUAGUAUUUCCUUUUCUUCGUUAAGAAAUGCAUUUCACAGUCAGGCCAGUGUCUUUUUAAAUGUUGCUAUGUGUCGUACAUUAUCCUCAAGUUGGUGAUUGGUAUUGAACAAAUUAUGAGAAUUAACGUAUUUACAGUGUUAAAUUGCCUUGAUAAAUGUAAUGCUUCCAGUCAUUUGCACCAUAUCACCUUCCACACACUGCCUUGCUCCUAAAUGUUAUGUAUAAUGAAUAAGAAUUACUUACAAUAAUGCUGUUCCGAACUAAUCAGAAAUGUAUUGUAUUGGACAUAUAGAUUCCACUGGCACUGAGCGUGACGUACAAAGGAUGUCUGUUUUUAAUCAAUUUUAGUUAGUGCUGAAAUUUCUAAAGUGUGGUUACAUCAUGAUUGCCAUGAUUUUACUCUCAGCCCUCUCAGUAUAGCGGUGUGAUUGUGAGAUUAUUUUUUUUUCUUUGAUUGCUUUAUCUUCAAGCUCAGAGAGAUGGCCGACAAUGCAUUUGAAGUUGAUUUGCUGUGCUAAGGCUUGUUUAUUUUUAGGGAGAUCUAAGUCUACAAUACAUACACUUUUUUUUUUUUUCCAAUGUGACUAUUUAUCUUUUUAUUGCAAAUGAAUUCCUGAAUUCCCCUUGUACAUUUUGUGACUGGAAAAAAGGACCAUGGGGAAAGCAUAUAUUGGGGAACUAGAUUAGACUAAUUUCCAGAAAUGCUAUCACUUUGCUUUUUUUUUUGACAAAAAUGUGUGGAAAUGACGUGAAUAUUGGUCGCUUGACAGCACUUUGGCAUCUCCAUUAGGGUGUCAAACACAGGCCACUAAUUGCCCAAGUAGACUCCUCAUACUUGAUUUGCUCUCCACUCAUGUGUACAGUGUGGGUGAUGCACCAUUGGCAAGGCUUCCCAAAAGGAUCAUUAUGCAAAGAUUAUCCUUUGACAUUCUAACCCAGUGGUAACCCGAAUGUUUAUUUUAUGUUUUUUUAGAGCCAGGCCCUUGCUUGCCUGUGUGGCAGCCUGUGGAUUAUUGUUUCUCAGUGCCUCCAGCCAACAAGCUUUAAGUAAGACUACUGUGACAUGAAUGAUGACUUAAGACUAAUUGCAGUCUGUAUAAUGGAUGGCUUCACUGAUGAACUGAUGACAGGCAGGCAGUCCUCUUUGACUACUGAGAAAAAUGUAUCGCUCCUUUCUCUUUGUCUUGUAACACUGAUCUGAAUUUUUACUUGAUUAUUGGGGGAAAUGGUUAAAAGAAUGAAUCAAAAGCUACAUCUUCUGGCAGUUAAAUUGAGUAAAGAGUGAACCAACCAGUUGCAUUGUAAGAUCAGGGAUCAAUUCAAGGCAGUGGAAAAGGAUGGAUAUAGUUUUGAGUAUUUAAACAUGGCUGCAGAUUGUUUUCCUUUGAAGCCUGCUUUCUCAAACAAGCACGGCUUUGGAGACUAACCUAUGAAUGCUAUGUGUUACAUGCUUUUAUGUUGAUUUGCAUCAACAAGAUGGCACCUUUUUUUAUACAACUAACUGUACAUAAUUGUACUUUUCUUUCAUUUGUUUCCUUCUUACAAUACAAAAUUAUAUUCCCUGUACUACAACAGGCAAAGUUAAUGUUGACAAUACCAGCUUUCUUGAGAGAAUAAAGGCAAAUGUUUGUGUUGACGACACCAGAUAGAUAUAUAUAUAUAGUCCUAUGAAAUGUAAAUGCAUACCACUUUGACUUUAAACUUGUGUGUUUAAACACAUGGGCACCUUUUAAAGUGUGUCUAAAAAAUCAUGUAAACUGCAUUAGAAUUGUGAACCUGUCUUAUAAUAGUUUAGCCUGCUUUGCAUUCCUAUCUUAUCACUGCAGUGUCACUGACACAUUGUAAGUAGGACUAGAGUACUUAUGCAGAUUCAUAUAGUACAUGGCAACUGCUGACAUGCAAUUUUCCAUUUUUUUCCCAUUGUCCAUCCUCAUUUUUAUUUGGAGCCUAUGUUUACUCUGUAGAACAUUACUUGUUUGUCUUUUAUACAGCAAGGUAUUCUUGCUGCCUUACACAUCUUCAUCUCUGGCCUCAGAUGUUUUUGCGAAACAGAUGCAUGUUGUAUAAACUAUUUCUAAAAAAACAGUGGCUCAUAAAUCCUUUAAACUCCAUGUUUAUGUUACCCUGUAGCUUUAAAACACUAACACUGACUAACGUUGUGCACAACAACAUGGAUGAAGUAUUGUGCACCUGAAAAAGGGUUUCAUUUCUGAAAAGGCUUCACAUUUCAUGAUAUUUUGCAGAAUAUUUUACUAUUGAUUGAAUUAAAAGAGACAGUGAAGUGCUUCUGAGUGAAAAAAAAAAAAUGUUAACACUAAUAACACAAAUCGAUUGAAAUGCUACUUGUUUAAAGGCAAUAAAGUCAUUUUUCUGGCCACUUG